GACGCGAAGCUGUGCCGCCGGAGCUAGAAGUUCAAAUCAGACGCUAUACUGAAAGUUUUCAGGCAAGCGCCUAUGCACAGAGUCCUACGAUGCUGCGUCGCUUAAAAUCUCGCAGCUUCGCGUUUGCGUGGGAGUCAUUUACUCCCGUUCCCUCCCGUUCGGAUGCGCAUAGGUAGAGAAAAGAGACGAGCGGAUAUACGAGGCCAUCGGUAAAUAAGAGUAAUAAGGAAACUUGCCAAAACAAACCAAGAUACGGUAGCCAAGAUGAAGUUCUCGGCACCAGUUGCUACCCAGUUAUUCCUCCUCGGCGCGCAGCACGUCCUCGCGAACGCACCCGCUAACGUGCUUCAAGCCGCCAGCGAUGACGAUAACGACUACAUCACGUCGAUGUGCUCUCCCGCCACGGCUCCCGACCAGUCGGACCCGGUGCCGUGCGUCGCGAUCCAGAACAUCGAGACAGCAUGUCUCCCUAACGGGACGUCUCCCCUCGCCCUCGAGGCGCACGCGCAGUGCCUCUGCGGCGGGAGCUACUUCGCCGAGUGGCUCGGCUGCCGCCGGUGCCUGCUAGAGCACGGCGCGCUAUCGCAGCGCAACUUCAGCUACUUUUCCGAGGUGCUAUCCAGCGCCAGCGAGAAGCUGUGCGAGGGCACGCCGACGGCGGCUUUCGCGACUCUGUUUACCGAGGCGCAGGCCGGCGUCCCGGAACCUACGACGGGAGGUACGGCGUUCAGCGACGUAAAGAGCGGCGAUGCGGCUGUGAGCUUGUACUACACGGCGAGUGGUUUCCAAGGUCCGGGUCCUAUUACGGGGAGCGCAACGGCGGCUACUGCAGAGGCUUCGAGUUCGAGUUCUUCGGGGGCGACGGCGACGGGUGGAGUUUCUCAGAACGGAGGGGCUGAGUCGACUACUAAUGCACCAUCGGCAACAUCCUCAAGCUCCAGUAAUAUCGCGGUUCCUACGGGAGCGCCCGGGAGCGGAAAGGGAGCGAUAUUCGCGGCAGCGGUAGGUGGUGCGCUAGUGGCUGUCUUAUAAGAGGGUUCACAAUAUACGCGCUGAUGAUAUAAUGUAUAAUAAAUAUAUCGACGCAAUAUAAUAUAAUAUAAUAUCCAUCCAUCUAUCUAUCUACCUACUC